AUGUUAUCGAAAAGGGUCAGCACGUCAUUAAAGCAUAGCUCUCAGAGUAUGUUGAGAAACCAUGUUGCAUUUAAAUCAUCAUCAAAGGUUGCUAGUGUUUUGCUUACUCGGUCAAUACACAACUCUACAAUAAGCCUUAAACCCAUUAUGAUGUCGCCUAUUGUGAAGUUCCAAUCAUUCCAAAGAUUUGCUUCGACAAAGGUAAAGGUACCGGACAUGGCGGAAUCCAUCACAGAGGGAACAUUAUCUGCAUUCACCAAGGAAGUCGGAGACUAUGUGAAGCAAGAUGAAACCAUUGCAACUAUUGAAACGGAUAAAAUAGAUGUUGAGGUUAACUCGCCUGUUUCUGGUACCAUAAAGAGCUUUUUAGCUGAUGUUGAUUCAACCGUUGAAGUUGGCCAAGAAAUUGCUGAAAUUGAAGAAGGCGAAGCGCCAGCAGGCGGCGAAGCUGCUGCUGCUCCAGAAAAGCCAAAGAAUGAGGAAGAAUCCGCUAAAAAGGAACCUGCUGCUAGAGAGGAAACAGAACCGGUAAAGAAAGACGAAACCCCACCUCCAGCACAACCAAAGAAGGAGCAACCCAAACCUGCUCCUAAGAAAGAAUCCAAGCCAAAACAAGAAUCUUUGACUGCAACUACUCCAUCAUUUACAAACUUUUCUAGAAAUGAAGAACGAGUGAAAAUGAACAGAAUGAGGUUGAGAAUUGCUGAACGUCUUAAAGAAUCUCAAAACACGGCAGCUUCCUUAACCACAUUCAACGAAGUUGACAUGUCGAAUUUACUUGAGAUGAGAAAAUUAUACAAGGAUGAGUUUCUCGAAAAAACCGGUAUAAAGUUGGGAUUCAUGGGUGCUUUCUCGAAAGCUGCAUGCUUAGCUGCAAAAGAAAUUCCUGCAAUCAAUGCAUCAAUUGAAAACAAUGAUACUUUGGUAUUUAAAGACUAUACCGAUAUCUCAAUUGCUGUAGCAACACCCAAGGGUUUGGUGACUCCAAUUGUCAGGAAUGCUGAAUCGAGGUCAAUUUUGGGAAUUGAAAAAGAAAUUGCAGCAUUGGGUAAAAAAGCUCGUGAUGGUAAAUUGACUUUGGAAGAUAUGGCUGGUGGUACUUUUACUAUAUCAAAUGGUGGAGUUUUUGGAUCUCUUUAUGGUACGCCAAUUAUUAACAUGCCACAAACUGCAGUAUUGGGAUUACACGGAGUUAAACAAAGACCAGUUACUGUAAAUGGACAAAUAGUCUCGAGACCAAUGAUGUAUUUGGCUUUGACUUAUGAUCAUAGAGUUUUAGAUGGUAGAGAAGCUGUUAUAUUUUUGAGAACCAUAAAAGAAUUAAUUGAAGAUCCAAGAAAAAUGUUGCUUUUGGAGUAG